AUGAAGUUUACAGAAGGAAUGUGGUGCCUGAAAGAGGGCGUUCAGAUCGAGUGGAUGAGCAAUGUUGAGCGCCUGCGCACCGAGAAAGAGACUGCGCAUUUGCUGUUGAACAAACUCCAAAGACAUCGCGGAGAUACGCUGAACUCGCCCACGAUUUCGGCGCGGAUCACGUCGCCGCAGGAGGGCAUUAUCGGCGUGAAUCUCGUUCACUGGGCUGGAAGAGUCGAUAAUGGCCCGCAUUAUCACCUGAACGCGACAGAGGGUCAUGCAGUCAUCGACCAUGACAAGAGCAGCAACAAGUUCAAUUACACCAGCGGCCCCCUCAUUUUGGAUGUCAAUACUGCGACAAACGCGCUUGACUUUGUCUUCCGAUCUCAGAAGGGCAAAAAGCUCACUGGGCACUCGUUCCGCUCGAUCGGAUAUGUCGCGGAUCAGCGAACCGAGAAGCACCGCUACGAAGACGGGAUCUACGCUGAGAAGCAAGGUUACAUGCUCGCUGAGCUGGACCUUGGAGUUGGUGAGAGGGUCUAUGGCCUCGGGGAGAGAUUUGGACCUCUCGUCAAGAACGGACAAACAGUCGAUAUGUGGAAUGAAGACGGAGGCACUAGCUCUGAACUGGCAUACAAGAACAUCCCCUUCUACAUGUCCUCAAAGGGAUAUGGAGUAUUCGUGAAUCAUCCCGGCAAAGUCAGUCUGGAAGUGCAAUCCGAGCGAACCACGCGGGUGAAUAUCUCCGUCCGCGGGGAAGAGAUCGAAUACUUCAUUGUUUACGGCGAGACACCAAAAGACGUUCUACGGAGAUACACCGCGCUGACUGGUCGACCGGCACUAGUUCCAUCUUGGAGCUACAACCUUUGGCUGACGACCAGUUUCACGACAAAUUAUGAUGAGCAAACCGUCACCGGUUUCUUGGAUGGAUUCCGGGACCGUGAUAUACCUCUCGGAGUCUUCCACUUUGAUUGCUUCUGGAUGAAAUCGUAUCAGUGGUGUGAUUUCCAGUUCGACGAAGAGAUGUUUCCCGAUGCGAUAGGCUAUCUCAAGCGGCUUAAGGAGCGUGGUCUGCGGAUCAGCGUCUGGAUCAAUCCCUACGUUGGCCAGGCCUCGCCUCUGUUUGAGGAGGGCAAGAAGAACGGAUACUUUAUCAAGCGCACCGACGGCUCUGUGUGGCAAUGGGAUUUCUGGCAGGCCGGCAUGGCUGUCGUCGAUUUUACCAACCCAGCCGCCUGCGACUGGUACAACAGCCACCUCGAACGACUCAUGGAAAUGGGUGUCGACAGCUUCAAGACCGAUUUUGCCGAACGCAUCCCAGUCAGGGGCGUCAAAUAUCACAAUGGGGCUGACCCAGAACGCAUGCACAACUAUUAUGCCCUCCUGUACAACCGUAUAGUCUACGAGACACUGAACAAUCGCGUCGGUCGCAACCAAGGCCUUUUGUUUGCGCGCAGUACUGCCCCGGGUGGACAGGCUUACCCCGUUCACUGGGGUGGCGAUUGCGAAAGCACAUUCGAGGCAAUGGCCGAAUCGCUGCGCGGCGGACUGAGUCUCAUGCUGUGUGGAUACAUCUUCUGGGCAUCCGACAUUGGCGGGUUUGAAGGAACCCCCCCUCCAGCGUUGUACAAACGAUGGGUCCAGUUUGGCCUCUUAUCUUCGCAUUCACGACUUCACGGGUCAUCUUCCUUCCGUGUGCCAUGGAUAUAUGGGGAAGACUGCUCUGCUGUGCUGCGGGAUUGCGUGAAGCGCAAGAUCCUUCUUACCCCCUACAUCCUGGCAGAGGCUUUGUGUGGACAUCGAGAUGGAACACCGCUGAUGAGAGCGUUAUUCUUGGAAUUCCCCCAGGACUUGAACACUUAUGCCAUUGACACGCAGUAUAUGUUCGGAUCUAAUCUUAUGGUUGCGCCUGUUUUCUCCGAGGAAGGCGAGGUCACCUUCUAUGUGCCACGGGCUGAGGAUGAAGCGAACGGAAAGUGGGUGUCUUGGUUUGACCACUCCAAGUCGUACGAGGGUGGCCAGUGGUAUACCGAGACCCAUGGCUUCGAUACGAUGCCUAUACUGGUGCGCCCAGGGACUGUGACGGUGACAAAUCCAAGUCUCAAGGCCCCAGGGGAUAAUGCGCUUGAAGGCGUUGAGUUGCUCGUGAAUGGUACCUUGGCUGCGGAGGCUACCAUUGAACUCGUGGAUCCAAGUCAAACAGACCAGGUCUUGAAAACGCUCCGUGUGACUUGUGGCGCUGAUGGUGCGGAUGUGCAAGUGGAAGGACAUGACGUGAAAGUGAUCCGCGUCGGUCAGUGA